ACUUAACUGUCUCUACAUCUCAGACACAACCCGACCGAUACUACUUAUUCACCAGUUUUUCAAUCCAACAAUCCAGCUCUAUCAAUCACUCCUCGCCUAAAGGGUUUUCCCUUUACCCCGACCACCCCCAAACAACCCCUCACCCAAUUCAUCCCAAACCCCGCGCCAGCACCAAGCUCACCACCACCACCACCAUGUCCACCUACGAAGUGGAACACAACACCACCGACCCCUCCGCCCCUACCACCAGUAAUAACAACACCACCACCACCACCACCGCCGCCCCCCACCGCCGCCGCCGUCCCGACCUCUCCACCUUCUUCUCAACCCUCUCCGAGAUCAGCCCCGAAGACGCACACGCCCGGACCCGUCCCCAUGCCGUCCCCGUGCCCAGAGACGUCAGCGCCGCGUUCUAUUCCCUCGCUGAGGCGUUGGAUGUGAUGCGGAGGGGGAGUUCGGAUCCGAUUCCCCCGACGGGAUAUGGGGAAGGAUUAGGAUUAGGAAGUGGGGGUGGGAGUGGGAAUGAAGGGGAGGAUCUACUCGCGCAGAUGAUUUCUUCGUUGUUGAGGACGGCGGAGAUGCCGCCUAGGGAGGUGGAGGGAGUGAGUGAGGAGUUUUGUGAUGUCCUCGACCGCGUCCCCCGCUCGACCCUAAAACCCGACCAAAUCUGCCCGAUAUGCAACAACCCAUUCCUGGAGGACCAGUAUCCGCUCGUCGUGCAGUUGCCGUGUCAUCCGACGCAUUUGUUCGAUUUGGAGUGUGUGAGGCCGUGGUUGCGAUUGCGGGGUACGUGUCCGCUUGAUCGGACGGAUUUUGCCAAGCAGGAGAGGGAGAAGGCGGAGGCGAGGAGGAAGCCGGUGGUUGAUGAUGAUGAGGAGUGGGAUGGGAUGUAUGGUUAGAUUAUUGUGGGGGUGGGGUUAGUAGUGGAAUAAGAAUUAUAGGAUUGAUUGUUGAUUAUGGAAGGGAGGGUUUGGUCAUGUGCAUUGCUCGUCAUUUUUUUAGUUACGGUGAUACUCUGUACAUUUAAGCUCAGCUAACGCUUCUCCUGUCCGUCCUUGGUUCGGAUGGCCAGUUUGCCAGUCUUGUCGAUGACGGCUUCCAGUCCGCUCCGUUCU